AACUGAGGAGACAACCAAGGACUCCUAGAACAGUAGCUAGCUUCCACAAUGAAAGCUUGUCUCUUCCAUAAUUAAGAACUUUUAGUCUAUAAAUUCACAAAAGGUAAUAGAGGCGGUAUAUCUGCAUAGAAACCAGCAGGAACUGGGAUCUUGAAGGUUUCUGAUACUGCAUGUCAUAGCUUGCUAUCAUGGCUCAAGGUGAUGCUUCCGAUUAUGGCAGUGAAGGUGGUGUAUUUAUUGAGGUGAAGAAGCUUGGGAGUAAUUCAAGGAGUGUUCGGUCCAGAAUUGCUAUAAAUGCCAGUCUGGAAACUGUUUGGAAUUUAAUAACUGAUUAUGAGCAAUUAGCAGAUAUCGUUCCUAGCCUUCUCUCUAGCAAAAUAAUUGACAAGAAAGACAACUUCACUCGUAUUUAUCAGAUGGCGCAACAAAAUUUGCUGCUGGGAAUGAAGUUUAAGUCAAAAAUUAUAUUAGAUUGUUUUGAGAAAGAUAUUGAGAGUUUUGCGUCCGGGAAAAAGCGUGAUGUAGAAUUUAAAAUGAUUGAAGGCGACUUUCAAUCUUUUGAAGGAAAGUGGUCCGUUGAACAGGUUAUUAAACAGAGAUCUAAAGAAAGUGAUAUCUCGCAGCUUGGUCAAGAAUUUGAAACGACUCUUUCAUAUUUUCUUGAUGUAAAGCCUAAGCUCUGGCUGCCUGUUCACCUAAUUGAACUUAGACUACGCAAAGAGAUACAAACAAACCUCUCCUGUCUCCGGGAAGAAGCACAAAAGGUUGAUUCCUGAUGCCGCGGAUGCUCGAUUGUGCCUUGGCCAAAUAAUUCGUUCAUACCACUUGCUAGCUUUAGGUUUAUUUCAUCGAUGAUAUUGUCAUAUCUAUAAAAUUAUGACAGAACCAAUUAUGCAAAUCUUUUAUCA